CCUCCCAUUUUCCCAAAAUUAAUAUAUAUACCAAGGAGAGACAAUAGGGGUGAAGAGAGAGAGAGAGAGAAGGCACCAACAACACUAAUAAAGAGAGCAACAACUAGCAAAGCAAAGCUGCUAGAAAAAGAAAAGUAGCAUAGUUGUUGAAGAACUGAAUCAACUCCAUAGUAUUCAUUUGAAGAAAGUUGAAAAACACUUUCUUCUCUGCAGCUUUACCUUUAUCACUUUGCCUCCCCUCAACAUGUUUUUUCUUGCCUUUUAAGCCCCCACCAAGUAGUUCCUUCAUUUCCACCAACACCAUGGAGUUUGACCUUGAGAACCCAUUUGAAAAUCUUCACUCUGAUGCUGUCUCUUACCUCUUCCUCAUUGAAUCUGACCACACCCCAUCACAGAAUCACUCUCAAACUCUUAAAGCCAGAGAUCUUGACAUCUCUGUCAGAAGAGAACUCAUUUCCUUAAUCUCACAGUUGUCCUGUGCUCUGGAUCCGGUUUUGUCUUACCUUGCUAUCAACUAUCUGGACCGGUUCCUAGCCAACCAAGGGAUUUUGCAACCAAAGCCAUGGGCUCUUAGGCUCAUUGCUGUCUCUUGCAUUUCUCUUGCAGUGAAGAUGAUGAGAACUGAAUACCCUUUCACUGAUGUCCAGGCCCUUUUGAAUCAAAGUGAUGGUGGGAUCAUCUUUGAGACACAAACAAUACAAAGAAUGGAAGCACUAAUCUUGGGGGCAUUACAAUGGAGAAUGAGAUCGAUCACCCCAUUCUCUUUCGUAGCUUUCUUCAUUGCCUUGGUGGGGCUCAAAGACUUGCCAAUGGGACAGGUUCUGAAAAACCGUGCCUCUGAAAUCAUAUUCAAGUCACAAAGAGAGAUAAGGCUUUGGGGAUUCAAGCCAUCUAUAAUUGCUGCAUCUGCCCUUCUGUGUGCUUCUCAUGAGUUGUUCCCUUUCCAAUAUCCGUCCUUCUUAAAAGCAAUAUCCGAUUCUUCAUAUGAAAGCGUGGAGCAGUGCUACAAAGUGAUACAAGACAUAGCCAUAGAGGAAGAGUACUCUUCUGCGUUGAAUGGGGUUUCAAGCUCAGACACACCGAUUAAUGUGUUGGACCAUCACUUUCUGAGUUCAGAAAGUCAAAAAACCAACGGAAUCACCGUUGCGAAUACUAUUGCUGUUUCUUCUCCUCUGAGGGACCUCAAAAGAAGGAAAAUCACUGGCUGUGGAUGUGGUGGAAACAAUCCAACGAUCCACAAUUCCCGAAUUCAAUUCAGCCAUGCCAAAGAGAGUGAAAAGUAAAAAAAAAUAAAACAAACAUUUACGAUUUUUUACUUUUACCCCCCCUCUGGUCCAUCAGAAAGCACAACUACUACUAUGUCAUUAGUCAUAAUGUCAUAUCCAUCAAAAAAAGAAAAAAAAAUGGGAAAAUUCGAAAAUUUAAAGUCAGAAAGAAAGUGUGAUGGGACGAGAUUGAGAAAUGUUGAUGUUGAUGUUGGUGGAUAUAAAAUCACUGUAACAUGAUCUUUGGUA